CUCCAACAACGACCUACUCGUCAAUUUCACCAAAAAAAAAAAAGAGAAGUUUCUAAACCACACCUCUCCUCCGCACACAGCCAACUUCUUGCGCGAAACGCCAAACCCUCACGACACCCAGUCGACCAACCAACAUCUCCGACAAAUCCCCAAUUUCAAUACCGCAAAAAUGACUGGCGGAGUCUCCGUUCGCGAUGUCGAUGCGCAGAAGUUCAUCGACGCGUACGCUAGCUUCUUGAAGCGACAGGGCAAGCUGCCCAUUCCCGGUUGGGUCGACACCGUCAAGACCGGUCCCUCGCGCGAGCUUCCCCCCCAGAACAUCGACUGGUUCUACGUGCGCGCCGCCAGCGUCGCCCGCCACGUCUACCUACGCAAGACCGUCGGUGUCGGCCGUCUCCGCAAGGUCCACGGCACCGCCAAGAACCGCGGCACCCGCCCCUCCAAGCACGUCGACGGCUCCGGUUCCGUCGACCGCAAGAUCCUCCAGGCCCUCGAGAAGAUCGGUGUCCUCGAGCAGGAUGAGGAGCAGGGUGGCCGACGCAUCACCCAGUCCGGCCAGCGAGAUCUGGACCGAAUUGCCCAGACUACUGCUGAGGCCGAGGAGGAAGAGGAUGAAGAGUAAAUGUUGAUACCAUGCGGGAAUGAUUCUACUACUACGGUCUAGGUAGCAAAGGUCUGUGGGCACGGCGUCUGAAAAUGGCUGAAUGAAUUGAUUUGGCGAAUUUCGCUUUCGCACUUCCCCAUGGCACAUUAUUCGCCUACAAUACGCGUGACUGCUAUGUUUUUUAUUAUGUUUCAAGUUGUUGUAUAAGAGCAAUAGAGCUGGGUAGGCCAAGGAGCAUAGAAAUGACUGGAUGACUGCAAUAGCCAGAUUCUAAUUACAAAAUUCCAACAUGUCCGGCAAGUGUGAGAUCAGCAUAGCGUGUCCUCCUAUCACCACAUCAUAGACUCUUUCCUGUCAUUCUUCGUCCUUUUUCCUAGAUCCUAGAAUACAUCGAGUUAUUUUCUAGACCUAGAACCUUCCCUUCACAGACUGUUCAUUUUUCUCAUGAUUAUUUUCUCAUAACUAAGCUACAAGCAAGCCACUUUAAAGCAUCUCCAAGUUUUGCUCAGAUUCCAUCAAGUGCUCACAGAAGCUGUAGAGCGGGGGGUCCUAACCCUUACUUCCAUGUGUCUGUUCACGC